UUUUUUGCGCAAUUUUAUUUUAUUUUAUUUUUAUUUUUUGAUUUCCUUGCUGUUUAAUUUGUGGCAUUGUGGAAUUUAUUUAUGCAACGGCAUAAUUUAUGAAAUAUAUAAAAGAGCAAAGGCAAACGCGAACAAAAACAAAAGCGAAGGCAGCGCAUAAGAAUGCAAUGAAAAUGGGCAUGCCAAAUAUGCAAAGGACAGCGCCUACAGAGCGGGUGGCGCGGCGCUGGCGGUAUGUGCUGACACGUCCGCCGGAAUGUUUUAAUAACAAAAUAAAAAUGGCAUUGUUAAUUUUAAUAUGGACAACAAUAUGGUGCAGGCAUGAGUGUGUUGCCGCGGCACGCCAUAGCAAUCAAGCGGUGUAUAAUAACUACAACAACAAGAGUAAUUUGCACGAGCAGCUGGAGAUUAAUGUUGUAGACGACAAUGAGAAUGUUGAAGCGAUUGUCAACAGCUGGGAUGAGGUCCUGGAAGGUAUUGUGCCGGCCGAUGUGGAUGCUGAACGCCGUUCGGAGCAAGUGUUAUUCAAACGAGAUGCAGCGACAGCGGCCGAAGGUAAGUCAGCAGAGCUAAAUGCUACAGCAGGGUAUGAGUACACAACGCUGGACGCGGUAAUGACAGGUGUGGCCGAUACAAAACGCAUGAUGACCCAACAAACGGUUGAAAUACACACUGAAGCAACAACAACAAUGUAUGAUAGCAACAGCAUGGCAACAACUAUGAAUUACAGCGUCGAAAUUAAUGAGUACGAAAAUGUGAAAAAUAAUGGAAAUGAAAAUGCAAAGCGACCAAAGGUUGUUGACAGAAAAAUUAUAGCAGCCACAACAACAACAACAUCGUUAUUUGCAGCAGCACAUGCAGAAAGCGCCACAGAAGGGGCAGCAGCAGCCACACCACAAACUGGAGACCAGCAAAACUUUGCUGAAAACACAGAAGAAGGGGAGGGGGGUGCGCGCGAAACGCAGACGAACGCUUGUGAUCCACCGGUGGAUGUGACAGCCGCGUUGCAGCAGCAGUUAAUUUAUGAAUUUGCAAUUAAAUACAAGCACAUACCGCGUGUCACGUACUUCACCUGCCGCUGGUUGAGCCCCGCGCCCGGCCGCACUUUCGGCGAACAAAUGACGUACUUAAAUAUGCAGACGCUGGCGAUGUUGCAGCGCAUGUACGGCGGCAGCAAGGCAGCGGACGAAAUGAGGUCAGAUGGCGGCGCAGCAAAGGCGAAAAAAGCCAGCUCUGACAAGGUGGUAACAAAGGGCAAAACUGCGCCAGCAAAUGCACCGAGCGCAACAAGAGCAAUAACAGCAACAACAGCGCGCACGGUAGCCUUAUCUAAAGCUGUCGAAACAAAUGCACGGACAGUGCGUGGCAACGGAAAUACGCGCGGCAAACGUUCGACCACUGCGGCGCUGAAUAACGGAAAUGUGACGCAGAGCGGAAAAGGAAGCAACCGUGCCAAUCGCCGCGCUACCAGUGAAGCCUUCGCCGCUAACGCCACCCUCCUCACCGCCGCACCAUGGGACAUUUUAAUUAAAGUUGUACAUAUCGAUCAAUUAAUCAAUAAACGUCCAACCGCUGCCAAUAACAAGAAUAGCAAAAACAACAACCAACGCUACAAUUGGAAUGUGCAACGCACAUUUGGCGGUGGAUUUGCCGCUGGUGGCGGUUAUGGUCGAUCAGCUGCAGGUAAUGCCGGCGCUCGCAAUGCGUACACGAAUGCAAAUUGGCUGGCACAAGUGUUGCGCGACGAUGGCAGCCGACAGGUGGUGGUGCUGAAUUUGGCAUGCGGUGCAGCGAGUCGUCGGCUGCUCGAAAUGGCAUCGAGCAAAGCAUUGUUCAAUGCAACCUAUCAUUGGCUGUUGAUUGAGGAUUAUACAUUUAAUCGGAAUGCUGACAUCGAUGACAACGCUGACAACGAUCACAGCGACAACAACAACAACAAUAAUAAGAAUUGCGAGCGAACCAGCGCACAACCGAAUAAUGAGGCAGUCGACGACGACGACAACAAUGCCGACAACCUCACCAAUAAGUUUUUCGUGCAAACUCAAACGCAGCAGCUGCAAGCGAACAAGCAGUUGGAUGAGGCGGAGGAGGGGCAGAAGCAGCUCAGAGCGACAGCGACAUCAACAGUUGCCACACGGAGUACUUCGAUUAAGUCGCCGCGCCCAAAAGCUACUCUUACAGCGACGCCGGUGACUGCCAAUAAUGAGAACACCAUGGAGAUUAUUGAAAAGUAUCUGGAAAAAAUCAACAUCAACAUAAAUACUGAGUUAAUAUUGGCAAAGCGGCGCACACGGCGUAUACGUGACGGCGCUGCAACCGACGAUAACACAAAAUGUGCGGGCGGUGGGGUGGCUGAUGGAGAUGGCGAUGGUGACGGAGAUGCUGAUGGUGAUGGAGAUGAUGGUGUGCUCUCUGGCCGGGGCUGCGGCACGUCUGACAGUGAAAGCGCUACUAAUAAUACACUUCAAAGGAAGGAUUACUACCGGCUCUACGAUGUUUGGAAUCCAGGACUACAAUAUGGCGGCCAAUUGAACAUUUCGGAAAUUGGAUAUUUCGCACUCGAUGAUGGUCUACAAAUUGCCCUCUGGUAUCGUAGAUCGACCACAAUUACGAGGCGAAUGGACAUGAAGAUGGCACGCAUCCGUUGCUUGAUUGUGGUAACGAACAAAAAUCACACGAAUACUCUGGAGCAUUAUCUAACCGCACACUACGACACGCAUCUGGAUUCAAUGAAUCGCUUCAAUUUUGCACUACUCUCGAACGUAAGGGACUUGUUCAAUUUCAGUUUCGUGAUGUCGAAGACUGCCAGCUGGGGCUACCUGAAGAAUGGCAAAUUCGACGGCAUGAUAGGAGCGCUGGUACGCAAACAAGCGGAUAUUGGUGGCUCGCCGAUUUUCUUUCGCAUCGAACGUGCCAAAGUGAUUGAUUACACGACGAGAACUUGGGUGGCCAGGCCUUGCUUCAUAUUUCGUCAUCCGCCGAGCACCAAAAAGGAUCGUAUAGUGUUUCUGCAACCCUUUUCAAAUAUGGUCUGGAUUUUAUUGGGAUUAUGUGGCAUAUUCACCAUCUGCUUACUGUGGCUACUGACAUCGGUGGAGCGUCGCUUGGAGGCGGUCGGUGUGGUAAAGCAGUUGGGUAGGUUUAAUUAUUCCCAUCAACCAAAACUAAUCGAUUCACCACAACAAAGUUGCGCAUUAAAUGCCAUUAAAUUAUCGGUUAUUACAAAUUCCGAUGAUAAAAUUUUCCGCACGACGAACGCGAUUUUGACUUUUACUAUUUGUCGUCGCUCAGACAAAAAGUUCGCUUUCCAUGUUGAUGUGGCAACGGCGUAUAAAAUCAUCGCCGACACAUUUAGCGAGAAGGAAAUUUGCGAACUAACGGAAAUACAACUGUUUCCGCCGCAGAAAAUGGUCAGCAUCGUGCAGAAGGGUUCACCAUUGCGCAAAGUUAUUACAUAUGGUUUGCGGCGUGUUACCGAAUCGGGUCUAAUGGAUUACCAGCGCAAAGUUUGGCACUCACCAAAACCGCGCUGUGUUAAACAAAUACAUACGGACGAUUUGAGGGUCGACUUGCAAACCUUCGCAUCAGCACUUUUGGUUCUUAUCUUCGGCUGUGCAGUUAGUUUACUGGCACUCAGCAUCGAGAUUAUACAACAUAAAUUAUGGCAACGCUACCGAGCGCUGGAGGAGGACGACGAGGACGAAGAGACUGUGGAGCAAAAUUGAGGCUGCGGAGUUGUGGCCACUGCUAGCUGCCAGCCUGUCUGCCCCAACAGUGACAACCCACACGGGUGAUACUUUGCGGCGCCGCACACGCUCUAAGUACACUACCUGAGCCAAUGACACUUAAACGAGAUACUAAACGCCAGCACACGGCUUACACGGCGUAGGAAGACACAGCUAAACACCUUCACACCACACACAUUUGCAUAGCGCACAACUGGCGCUUACUCGACUGGGUGUGCGUGUGUUGUGUGCAACAUUAUCUGAGCGACAGUCGUUGUUGCUACUGCAACAUGUCAGUGGUGUAGGUUGUCACGUUGCUGUGGCCAUAUUAACCACACACACAUACCCACAACCAUAUGCACUCGUACUUGGUUCUAAACGGCUGCCUCGACAGCUGAUGCACACAUACAUACACACACCUACACGUUAGUUAAUGCAUUUACACCGUUGCCGUCACCGACACCGGCACUGCUGCUGACACUAAUGCAUGCACCGGCUUUGGCAGCUACACCGGUAGCACCGGCGCCGACACUGACUGAGUUACCGUCACGGUCGCUGACAUUGACGUGUUGGACACUGAGACAAUAUGGUUAAUUGCAUAUUUUUAGCUACACAAAAUGUUGGCGCACAACAGCAGCCAACGGUAAUUCAAUCUGCUUGGCGUAUUAAAUUUUCUAGCUCUUAAUAAGCCGACUCAUAUUUUGAGUGGAAAAUGAAUAAAUUUGUCACUUGUGUUUCAU